AUCGAGUCAAGGUUUAGUUUUAAGUAAACUAUCGUUUCAAUCGUUGCUCACGACACUUUAUUCAAUACGAAAUAAGCAGAUUGUUGUAGUAAUUAUUCAACCGUUAAUGCAACAAUGGCAACUGCAGUAUUCUUGAGGGCGAGUCUGCGACUUGCAAUGACACGGGGUGUUUUGGAAAAUACAGUGACGCCUGCAAUGUCUACGGCAUUCAUAGGAGUUCGAAAGCCAUCCUUCAAUUUAAAGGAACAGCCAGAGAUGCCGCAGUUGACGAGAAGGUUGUACAGUAAGAAGAUCCAUACGCGACCCUCAACGUCUAUCGAUUAUGAAAGUGAUAGCGACUCCGAUAACGAUUCAGACUCGGAACGCGAUCGGACUCAGAAGUUACAGGGUGAAUCUGCUUUCUGGAGACGAAAAAUGCGAACGCUUCACAGUCACCUUGACGUUAAUAAGGACGGGGUGAUUAGCUACGAUGAUUUCAUGCUUCUGGGCGAAAGAUUUGCUGACCUGGGACAUCUCGGACCAGACGCCAAAAAAGAAUUCCAGAAAGUCCUCGGUGAAAUGUGGGAGGAACAGUGGGGGGAAAUAAGCCCUUACAAUCUCGUUGGCGUUGAAAAGUAUUUGGACGAAAUGCAUCAUGUGCUCAAUGAUAAGUCCCUCAAAUGCAAAUGUCACAAUUUCCUGCCUUAUCUAUUCAAGGCUGUGGACAAGGACAAAAGUGGAGAAAUCUCGGUUGAAGAGUUCAAACUCUUUUUCCAAUGUUUGGGACUCACCAGUGAAGACGCUGCAGUAAGUUUCAGCUACAUCGACACCAAUGAAGAUGGAAAGCUUAGUCGCAAAGAGUUUGUGAGACUUGGAAGAGACUUCUUUCUCACGGAAGACCAUACGAAACCCAGCAAGCAUUUCUGGGGCCCAUUAGUCGCCUAAGGAGCUCUACGUAGCAUCCAACUCAUUAUCACCAGUUAUUAUAUAUUUUAUCAUGACAACGACAGUUCUGUCAUGCCAUUACGUAGUUAAGAUAGGUUAAAUCAUCUAUGUAAAUAAUACAUAAUAGUUUUAUACCAAUUGACAAUAAAAUCAAUU